AUGCCAAACGAUGGCACAGCCCACAACAAAAGUGGGCCGUCGUCGAUAGUCAUGGCAUUGAAGCGCUUUUCAAACUUCGCUAUAAUCGUCCUGUCUGCUCUCGUUGGUUGCGUUCAGGCAAAUUCUGAUGCCAAUUUCGAAUUGUUUUAUACCGUAUUCUUAUUAAAGGUGUUUUACCAUGUUCUCAUGUUACAACUGCUUUGGACUUAUAACGGAAGUCGGAACUACGUUGACGACAACGACGGUGGUUCCUCGGUGCACGAGGAGGUGAGCUAA